UUCGUCUUUUAACAUCGCCAUGCAAGUUUUGCUUCUUCUUCAAUCUUUUCCUAAAUAUAGGAAAGGGGAUAUAAAUGUAAUUUUAUUACUUGUUUAAAAUUCUGCAUAUAAAUACCAUUGGUUUUAGGGGAGGAAGCCGAGCGAAGCAAAUUGCGUUUCUUUAGCGAAAGAAGAUAUUGAAGUUAUUGAAAAUGGCGGAGAGUGGUCGGAAGAGCAGAGUUCUGAUCAUCGGCGGCACUGGCUACAUCGGAAAGUUCGUCGUGGAAGCGAGCGCUAAGGCCGAACAUCCUACAUUUGUUCUCAUCAGAGAGAGCACCAUAGCCGAUCCUAUGAAAGCAAAACUGGUGGAGAAUUUCAAGAGUUUAGGCGUUAAGUUCAUCACUGGGGAUCUGUAUGAUCAUGAAAGUUUAGUGAAAGCGAUUAAGCAAGUGGACGUUGUGAUCUCGACUGUUGGACAAAUGCAAUUGGCAGAUCAGAGCAAGAUCAUUGAUGCGAUUAAAGAGGCCGGCAAUGUCAAGAGAUUUUUUCCAUCGGAGUUUGGAGUGGAUGUGGAUCGACUCCACGCAGUUGAGCCAGCAAAAUCUGCACUGGCCGUAAAGUCUAAUAUCAGAAGGGCCAUUGAGAAGGAAGGGAUACCUUACACUUAUGUCGUCUCCAACUGCUUCAAUGGCUACUUCCUCCCCACUCUGAUGCAGCAUGGACUCACGUCCCCUCCCACUCACAAAGUCAUCAUUCCCGGCGACGGACACCCCAAAGCAAUAUUUAACUUGGAGGAAGACAUCGGGACUUAUACCAUAAAAGCAGUGGAUGAUCCAAGAACUGAAAACAAAAUAUUGUAUAUCAAUCCUCCCAACAACACCUAUUCUUUCAACGACCUAGUCGCUCUGUGGGAGAAGAAGAUCGGCAAACCCUUGGAAAAGCUCUAUGUUCCUGAACACCAACUUCUUAAGGACAUUCAAGAGGCUCCACUUCCUUUGAAUGUGAUAUUGAGUCUCAACCACUCAAUAUUUGUGAAGGGAGAUGAGACCAAUUUUGAAAUUGAACCAUCUUUUGGAGUGGAAGCUUCAAAGCUAUACCCUGAUGUCCAAUACACCACCGUCGAUCAGUAUCUCUCUCGAUUUGUUUGAAUCAAAAUUGGAAGAAUUAAAGUGAAUAAUUUCUUGUCUUGGUGUGUUGAAUAUUCUGUUUCAUGCCCUGCUUUUUUCUUUUGUGGUUUUGGUUUCUCUUCCUCUCUUGUAGUUUUGUCAUUCUAUAUAUGCAUACGUACUAUGUAAUAUGCUCACCAAGGGGUGUUUUUUAUGAUUAAUAUUCAGCUUAUGCCUCUCCUUUUCUUAA